AUGAGCAGGAGAAAUAGCAUUAGUAGUCGUAUAAGUAGCCGCAGGAGUAGAAAUAGCAGGAGAAAUAGCAGGAGAAAUAGCAUUAGUAGUCGUAUAAGUAGCCGCAGGAGUAGAAAUAGCAGGAGAAAUAGCAUUAGUAGUCGUAUAAGUAGCCGCAGGAGUAGAAAUAGCAGGAGAAAUAGCAUUAGUAGUCGUAUAAGUAGCCGCAGGAGUAGAAAUAGCAGGAGAAAUAGCAUUAGUCGUCGUAUAAGUAGUCCCAGUAGUAGAUAUAGCAGGAGAAAUAGCAUUAGUGGUCGUAUAAGUAGUCCCAGUAGUAGAUAUAGCAGGAGAAAUAGCAUUAGUGGUCGUAUAAGUAGCCGCAGGAGUAGAAAUAGCAGGAGAAAUAGCAGGAGAAAUAGCAUUAGUGGUCGUAUAAGUAGCCGCAGGAGUAGAAAUAGCAGGAGAAAUAGCAUUAGUGGUCGUAUAAGUAGCCGCAGGAGUAGAAUGAGCAGGAGAAAUAGCAUUAGUGGUCGUAUAAGUAGCCGCAGGAGUAGAAAUAGCAGGAGAAAUAGCAUUAGCAGUCGUAUAAGUAGCCGCAGGAGUAGAAAUAGCAGGAGAAAUAGCAUUAGUGGUCGUAUAAGUAGCCGCAGGAGUAGAAAUAGCAGGAGAAAUAGCAUUAGUGGUCGUAUAAGUAGCCGCAGGAGUAGAAAUAGCAGGAGAAAUAGCAGGAGAAAUAGCAUUAGUAGUCGUAUAAGUAGCCGCAGGAGUAGAAAUAGCAGGAGAAAUAGCAUUAGUAGUCGUAUAAGUAGCCGCAGGAGUAGAAUGAGCAGGAGAAAUAGCAUUAGUGGUCGUAUAAGUAGCCGCAGGAGUUGA